AUGCCCUCUGUCAUCCCUGCCUUGUUCCUUUCUGCACCGAGGGAGCUUUCCACUAGGCCUCUGCUCCUCUCUAGAGGCCUACGCUGCCCUGAUAUCCAGCGCUUCAUCCUUCGAUCUCUCGGGGAGAAGAGACAACUCUAUUAUGCCAUGGAACACCUGGGCACCAGCUUCAAGGACCCGGAUUCUUGGACCCCAGAAGCUCUCAUCCCCGAGGCUCUGAGAGAGAAGCUCAGAGAGGAUCAAGAGAAGAGGCCUUGGGACCAGGAGCCUCCACAGUCCAAGUCCUUGCCUUACUGGAAGGAUGUCCUUCUCCUGGAGGGUGUGACCCUCACCCAGGAUGCCCAGCAGCUGAAUGGGUCGGAGAGAGCCGUGUUAGAUGGACUGCUAACUCCAGCCGAGUGUGGGGUUCUACUGCAGCUGGCCAAGGAUGCAGCUGAGGCUGGAGCCAGGUCUGGCUAUCGUGGUCGCCGCUCCCCUCAUAGCCCUCACGAACGCUUUGAGGGGCUCACGGUGCUCAAGGCUGCUCAGCUGGCCCGGGCUGGGACUGUGGGCAGGCCGGGUGCUAAGCUGCUUCUGGAGGUGAGCGAACGAGUGCGGGCCUUGACUCAGGCUUACUUCUCCCCGGAGCGGCCACUGCAUCUUUCCUUCACCCACCUGGUGUGCAGAACUGCCAUAGAAGGUGAGCAAGAGCAGCGCAUGGACCUGAGUCACCCGGUCCACGCAGACAACUGUGUCCUGGACCCUGACACUGGUGAAUGCUGGCGGGAGCCCCCAGCCUACACCUAUCGAGACUAUAGUGGGCUCCUCUACCUCAAUGAUGACUUCAAGGGAGGCGACCUAUUCUUCACACAGCCCAACGCCCUCACUGUCACGGCUCAGGUUCGCCCUCGAUGUGGGCGCCUCGUGGCCUUCAGCUCUGGUGGUGAGAAUCCCCAUGGUGUGUGGGCUGUGACGCGGGGACGGCGCUGUGCCCUAGCACUGUGGCACACGUGGGCGCCUGAGCACAGGGAACAGGAGUGGACAGAAGCCAAAGAGCUGCUGCAGGAGGAAGAAGAAGAGGAGGAAGAGGAGGAAGAGGAAGAAAUUCUCAGUAGAGAUCUUUCCCCAGAACCCCCAAGUCAUAAGCUUCAGCGGGUCCAAGACAAAGCCGGGAAGCUACUCAGGGUCCGAGAGGAACUCUGAUUGCUGAGUCAGCUUCAACUUGUGAGCAAACCGAUGAGAAGGCCCCGUGUGACAUCAAGGACAGCGCAGCAGGCCCUGUGUGACAACAGGGACGGCGCAGAAGGCCCUGUCUCUUCAGUCAACCAUCCUGGGGACCUAUGAGGGCCACUAAGCCCUGGGCUCACAAACUUACUACACAGACUUAGCCUAGAGCCCACCAGGCCUCGAAGCCAGGUCUGGCCCCAUCUGAGGACAAACUAAGAUCAUUAUGCCUCCCUGAAAGGCAUGGCAAGGAUUGAAGGCUAACUGCGUCUAAUACGGGAGACACAGGAAGAGACUAUCCCAGCCUCUCCCAACCUGUGCAAUAAAGAACAUGAAUAAUUCCCCA